AAACCAGAAAGACUCUUCCACCCAACAAAAAUUAAUGUCGUUAUUCCUGAUCCUCCAUUUUGAGAAAUGAAUUGAUUCUCGUGACUCUGUGAUUUGAUCAGCACACACAGAGACUGAAAUUUGGAAGCGGAAAGAGAAGAUCAUGUCAACUGCUGAAGCUCCUCAAUUCCAAGAAGCAGCGCGAUGCGUUGUCUGCAAUUGUGGUUUCAACACCUUCAGAAGAAGGCAUCACUGUCGAUCCUGUGGGAGAACAUUAUGCAGUGAACAUUCAUCAAAUCAAAUGGCUUUACCACAAUUUGGCAUUUACUCUAAUGUCCGAGUAUGUGCUGAUUGUUUCAACAACUCAGGGUCUGGAAAGGAUGUGCCACGGGGUUCUUUGGGCGGAGCUAACAGUGUGACGGAUACAAUUUCUAAAUUAGAUAUUAAUGCAAAUGCUGAUUCAAAAUCCACACCAACUGCAGCGAGUAAUCUUGUAAAAGAGUGUAAGUGUGGAAUGCCACUUUGCAUUUGUGAAGCUCCCUCCCCUUCCUCCUCUGAUGCACCCUCCCAACAGAGGAAACCGAGCCCAGUUAUUGCAGCUCCAUCAAAUCCUAAACCUAAGAAAACAGAAACUGCUCCGAAAAAUAGAAGCUCCAGUUCAACUAGCAAAUUUAGUGCUAUGAAUGGCACCUCAGACAGACCUCAAAGUGAUUAUGGAGUUAGUGGAGAGGGUUUAAGAGAGGCAAUAAAAAAUGGUGAUAUUGGUGCUGUCAAGAAACUUCUUAACGAGGGUGUGGAUGCAAAUUACAAGGACAAGCAAGGACUGUCUUUAUUACAUUUGGCUGCAGUCUUCAAUCAAACUGAUAUAGUUUUCACUCUCAUGGAUUCGGGGGCAAGCCUUGAGUACAAAAAUGCACAAGGAGAAACACCUUUAGAUUGUGCACCAGCUACACUGCAAUACAAAAUGCGUAAAAAGAUAGAAGAAGGUGGCGCAAGGGACUAAAGCAUUCGAACAAUUUAUUACUUUUAUUAGUUGUCUUUUAUGCAGUGCUCCCCAAAGAGAGCUUCAAAUAUUACCACCGUCUAAAAGUUCUCUUUUGCCAGAACAAAAAGAAAUCUGCUUAUGGAUAACUUUGACAGAGAUGGAGUUCAAUUCAUCUUUGUGAAUAGGCAAUCUAAGUAUGCCUACCUAUAUAAGACACUUUAUCAGUGACGCAAAUCAGGCAGUUCCCAGUUUGUAAAUUUCUUUGGUUAAUGACAUCAGAGCAUUCUUUAA